UUAACUGUGCCCGUCGGCAGGCUUUCACUUGACAUCAAAAUUUCGCAGACACCCUGUUUUCAUUUCCGUUUGCGAAAGUUUUGAUGGAUAGUUAUUAAGUUCAAUUACUUUUAUUUAUUACUUCUGAAUGAAACAAAGCUGUAAAAUAUGAUUCUGCUAGAAAUAAACAACCGAAUCAUCGAAGAUAUUCUACGGCUCAAAUUCAAAAAUGGAUUAGCUGGUAACAAACCUGAGUCUGUUGAUGUAACUAUUGCAGAUUUUGAUGGUGUUCUGUUUCACAUUUCAAAUUUAAAUGGUGAUAAAACAAAGAUCAGAGUAAGCAUUUCUCUGAAAUUUUAUAGAGAAUUGCAAGAGCAUGGAGCAGAUGAGUUGCUGAGGAGAGAAUAUGGUUCUUUACUAACAGCUCCAGAAGAAGGGUAUAAUGUAACACUAUUAUUUGACUUGGAAAACGUUCCUGAUCCACUUGAAGAGAUGAUCAUGAAAGCUGGUCUUUUAAAAAGGAAUUGUUUUGCCUCAGUAUUUGAGAAAUAUUUUGAAUUCCAAGAAAGAGGUGAGGAAGGUCAUAAAAGAGCCGUCAUCCACUACAGAGACGACGAGACCCUGUAUGUUGAAGCAAAAUCAGACCGAGUUACUGUGGUUUUCAGUACAAUAUUUAAAGAUGAGGAUGAUAUUAUAAUUGGGAAAGUAUUUAUGCAGGAAUUCAAAGAAGGUAGAAAAGCUAGUCAUACAGCUCCUCAAGUUCUAUUCAGUCAUAAAGAACCUCCAAUGGAGUUAGCUAAUACUGAUGCUAGAACUGGUGAUAAUAUUGGAUACAUAACUUUUGUUCUUUUUCCAAGACAUACCAACAAAAAGGCCAGAGAUAAUACCAUAAACCUUAUUCAUACUUUUAGAGAUUAUUUACAUUACCACAUCAAAUGCUCAAAAGCAUACAUUCAUUCUCGUAUGCGUGCCAAAACAUCAGAUUUCUUAAAAGUGUUAAAUAGAGCCAGACCUGAACCAAAAACUGUAGAAAAGAAAACCAUGAGCGGACGAACUUUUGUUCGGAACUAGUUUGGUGCUAUUUGGACGAAAUCAAAUUAUGAAAAAUAACUUAACAUUUCCAGUGAAAAUUUUGGAUUCUAUGAUGGAAUUCUAAUCAUCAUAUUCGUUUUCAAUUAAGGAAUUUCUGUCACUUACUCAUUGGUUACAUUUUUUUUUUUUACUUAAUGGUAGGCAGAUGAGAGAAUUUAUAACUAACUUUUCAUAAAGCAUUUUUAUUAAAAUACGAAAUGUGAUCUACAUUCUUCUGAUUUUUAAUCUUAAUUUUUACUGUUAUUUCCCAUAAAUAUCCUGAUGAAUAAAUUAGUUAAUGUUUUACAACAUUCUAUGUAAUUAUGUAAGUUAUUUGUAUAAUAAAUACCUUACAUUUCUGUUA